CAGAACAACGAGCUCUUCGGCACAUCCCUGCGACUCUUGUCUGUGCAAGCGACAUCAAAAUGGCUCUCCGCGUUACCAGAAACCGCUUGGCCAGCGCCAGGUCCGACCUGGGUGGGAAAGCCUGCUCGGUGGCCGGGCCCACGAAGCCUCGAGCUGCUCUGGGAGAGAUCGGAAACAUCGGCGCUAACAAAGACGUGCAGAAGAAGGCUAUUAAAACUGAAGCUGUUAAGAAGACCAAAGUUGCCCCGAAAGAAGCCAAAGUUGCACCACCAAAACCAACUGAUGUUCCUGUUAAACAAGAGCCCGUUAAAGCGGAGCCUGUUAAGCUGGAGCCUGAGGAGCAGGUUCCCCCUGAGACAACGUCUCCCACUCCAAUGGAGACCUCUGGCUGCGAACCUGCUGACCUCUGCCAGGCGUUUUCCGACGUCAUCCUCAACACCGCCGUCAGGGACGUGGAUGCAGACGACUACGACAACCCCAUGCUGUGCAGCGACUACGUCAAACAGAUCUACAAGUAUCUGCGGGAGCUUGAGGUGGAGCAAGACGUUAAGGCCAACUUCCUGCAAGGCCAGGAGGUGACUGGCAACAUGCGCGCCAUCCUCAUCGACUGGCUGGUGCAAGUGAACCUGAAGUUCCGUCUGCUGCAGGAGACGAUGUACAUGACCGUGGGGAUCAUCGACCGCUUUCUUCAGGACCACCCAGUCCCCAAGAAGCAGCUUCAGCUGGUUGGCGUGACGGCCAUGUUCCUGGCCUCCAAAUACGAGGAGAUGUACCCUCCGGAAAUCAACGACUUUGCCUACGUGACGGACCAGGCCUUCACCACGGCCCAGAUCCGGGACAUGGAGAUGAAGAUCCUCCGCGUGCUCAAGUUCAAGCUCGGCCGCCCUCUGCCCCUGCAGUUCCUCAGACGGGCUUCGAAGAUCUGCGAGGUGACAGCUGAGCAGCACACUCUGGCCAAAUACCUCCUGGAGCUCACGAUGAUCGACUACGAGAUGGUUCACUUCCCGCCUUCCAUGCUGGCUUGUGCUGCUCUGGCACUCACCCUCAAGGUCUUGGAUGCCGGUGAAUGGGACGCGACGCUGCAGCACUACAUGGAGUACACAGCAGAGAGUUUGGUUCCUGUUAUGGCGCACAUUGCCAAGAAUGUGGUGCGAGUGAACGAGGGGCUCACCAAGCACACGGCCGUUAGACAGAAAUACGCCACAUCCAAGCAGAUGAGGAUCUCUUCCAUCCCCCAGCUCAAGUCCGCCGUGAUCAAGAGCCUGGCGAAGCAGCUCACCCAGUGAGAGAACGGUCUCUGGCACCAUGUGCUGAUUUGUACAGCCUAACUUAAUGUUUUAACGUGACGGGUUGUGUGCUUUGAGGACCGUAGACCUUUUCAAAACCAGACCACUUUUACUGCAGUAUGUUGUAAAUUCCUUUCGCCUCGCCUGAAAUCUACCCGCUGAUCCAGUGAGUUUCUGACGGUGAAACAUCACUCUGUAUGCUUGAGUGUGGACAUUUUUUGUAGAUAUCAGAUUUCAGGAAGGUUUGAAUUAAACUGUUUGCAUAAGACUUUUUCCUCCUUUGUGAAAUGUACAGCAAUGUUUUAAAG